AUGAAGCCUUCCCCCUACCCGGAGGAGCCAGGACCUUUGGGGCAUGGAAGCGGAGGCUGCGGCUGGUGCGCCGGGGCUCCCGGGCUCUCCCGCACCCGACCUGAAACCGGAGCUCCAGGUCUCCCGGACAGGGCGGAAGCGCAAACACCGGCCGACACGACAGGCGGAGCCGAGCACACCCAGGGCCCCACGUGCCGCGCGGCCGGCCUGCAGGCCCCGCACGUUCGCCUGCGGACGCACGGCCUCCAACGCCCCAUGCAACGCGCGACCGCCCGCCUGCUGGCCGGCAGCAAUGAUUUUCAAGCUGGCAGUUCUGAUGACUUAUUCUGCAACAAUCUUUUCCAGCCUUCGAUCACCAUGAAAGUUAUCCAGGCUGUCUUUUUUGGUAUCUGUGUAUUGACCGACCUUUCCAGCCUUCUUACCAAGGGAAAUGACAGCCAAGAACAAGAAAGGCAGCUGAAAAAGCUCAUUUCCCUCCGUGACUGGAUGAUGGCUGUUUUAGCUUUCCCCAUUGGAGUGUUUGUUGUAACGAUGUUUUGGAGCAUCUAUAUCUAUGACAGGGAGCUGGUUUACCCGAAGCUGCUCGAUAAUUUUAUACCAGCAUGGCUAAAUCAUGGAAUGCAUACAACAGUUUUGCCCUUUAUAUUAAUUGAGAUGAGAACAACACAUCAUGAGUAUCCCAGCAGGAGCUGUGGACUGGCUGCAGUAUGCACCUUUGCUGUUGGCUACAUUUUAUGGGUGUGCUGGAUUCACCAUGUUACAGGAGUGUGGGUGUACCCACUUCUUGAGUACCUCAGCCCAGGUGUCAAAAUAAUCUUCUUCACAGCUCUUACCAUAACAAUUAACAUUUUCUACUUGCUGGGAGAGGUUCUAAACAACUACAUAUGGGAUACCCAAAAAUGUAUUGAAGAAGGAAAAGAAAAGCCUAAAUUGGAGUGAACAUUAAAUGCAACAUGGAGGAUUUUUUAUGACUCCAUGCAAGAUUUCUCAUCGCCAACAGAGGUUGUCAUGGAGAGGAAUCUUUUGGAAA